UCUAUGAGAGAUGUCGCACAGUCACAGGACUCUAUGAGAGAUGUCGCACAGGACUCUGAGAGAUGUCGCCUAGGACCUUUAGAACAUUUGUUACACAUCUGAAUGGAUGAGUCACAUGAGAAGGCAGUGACCUAGUGCGCCCUCCUCCUCCCCCAUCACCCCCUCUCCAGGAUCCAGACCCUCAAUAACAAAGACCUGAUGUCUGCAGCUUCUCCCGCGGAUAAGUAGUGCUCCGAGCUGAGAAGACAGGGAGGUGCUCGGUCCUCCCGCCCCCGGCCACUACUCCAGGGCAUAGAGUCCUGUGACAUCUGAGGCUUCCUCACACCCUGCAUGUGCAUAGCUGGGAGCGCAGCUACGGGACAAUCAGACAUGGAGAGCACACGGGGACUCCUACUGCUCUGCCUGGCAGUCCUGCUGUGUGCGGGCCAAUGCGAACUCCAGAAAGGUAAUGACAAAGAAAAUUUGACCCUAAAAACAUUUUAUAGUGUUCCUGUUGACGAUUUUGAAGACUUUCCUGAUGAUGCAAUUGAUGCCUCUGGUGAAGAAUCAGGAUAUGAGCCAAAUAUGCCAAACUUUCGCAGCCGAAGCGUGAUAACAGAAAUUAAGAAGAAUAUCACUACUCAGGCUGAACACUAUCUUAGUGACCAGUGGUUGACCAGGAUUGUACCAUCGGUGUACACUCUGGUAUUCAUUGUAGCUCUCCCACUAAAUGUUAUUGCCAUCAUCAUAUUCCUAUUUAAGAUGAAAGUCAAAAAACCGGCGGUGGUGUACAUGCUGAACCUGGCCGCCGCUGAUGUUCUUUUUGUCAGUGUGCUUCCUUUUAACAUAAUUUAUCGCUUCUCUGGAAAUGACUGGCUCUUUGGAUCUGGAAUGUGCAGAUUUGUCACUGCAGCAUUUUACUGUAACAUGUACUGCUCCAUUCUACUCAUGACCAGCAUCAGUGUGGACAGGUUCCUGGCUGUGGUCUACCCGAUGCAUUCCCUAUCCUGGCGUACAAUGAGUCGGGCCUGGCUGGUCUGUUCCUUGAUCUGGAUCAUAUCUAUUGCUAGUGUUGUGCCGCUCUUCUUGAGCGAGCAAACUCAACACAUUGCCUCACUGGAAAUCACAACCUGCCAUGAUGUACUAGACCUUAAGGAUCUUAAGACAUUUUACCUCUACUAUUUCUCCACUUUUAUCUUGCUCUUCUUCUUCUUUCCUUUGAUUAUUACGACCAUCUCCUAUGUUUUUAUCAUUCGUUGUUUGAGCAGUUCUGGCAUUGAGAACUCAUGUAAGAAGACCCGAGCCUUGGUCUUGGCUGUUAUUGUGCUUUGUGUUUUUAUUAUGUGCUUUGGACCAACAAAUUGUAUUUUUCUGGUUCAUUACUUGUAUUUCUAUCAUGGGGCUAAUGAGUCUUUGUAUUUUGCCUAUAUACUCUGUGCCUGUUUCAGUAGCAUUAGUUGUUGUCUUGACCCUCUGAUCUAUUAUUAUGCAUCCUCACAGUGUCAGAGGUACUUGUAUAGACUGUUAUGCUGUAAGAAAGCAGAUGAACCCAUAAGCAGUAGCGCUCAUUUAAUGAGUUCUGCUAGCAAAAACGAGACCGGUAUCACAUCGGUCAAGAACAGCAUAUACCGGAAGCUGUUAACCUAGACAUUACAUGUCCCAUCUAGAGGCUUCAAUAUCUUUUAAAGCACAGUUUACGCUUUACUGUGUCAUUAUGAUUGUACUGCUUGGGCUUUUCCUUGCAGAACAGUCUUUUUUUUCCAGCACCAUGCUCAUAUGUAUGGGGUCAUCUAUCAAGGAGCUAAUGAUUCUAUCAAAAUGUAAGUUGUAUGUAAAAAAGUAUAAUCUACACCUUCACAAAAUUCCACUCGUAUAUAUAGAGCUUUUUCAGUUUUUGACAGUAUCUGGUAAAGCAAGUUAAGUUCCUUUAUUUUUUUUCUUUUUGCAUUUUGAUAGUAUCUUGUGAAUUCAAUCCUAUUAUUUAGAGCAAGAUAGGACUUUGCAAUUUCAGACAAUAUCUUUUAAGAUCUUUGUCACAAGUAGAAAUUAUUUGAGAAAAUAAAGAAUAGUUUCCAUAGAAAACUGUUUAGUGUGGGUGUUGCUGUGUAAAAAUAGCAUUUGAUGGUGGUCUUUGAAGCAAUGGUGCCAUGUAUAGAACUGUACAUUUGAAAAGUUUUAGCCUACUGUGUUUCUGUAAGGCAACUUGUACUUCAGGUUUGGCAAUCCUGUAAAAGAUAAGUUGGUAUUGUCAGGACAGUGGGCGUAUUGCUUACAGGGAAUGAUAUCAUUAUUUGUACAGCAAAUGUUUAUUGACUAUAAUGUCUUUAAGGCCGAUUAAUGGUGGAAUAGAUAAAUAUUAUCCUGUGUAAGGGUGCUUUCACACUACGUUUUCAGCCUACGGCUGUCGUAUCCGGUUGGGGGAGGAAUAAACUAUGCGCUCUCGUACCCCAGCCGGACCGGUGCUGAAAUCCAUUGACUUUAAUGAGCCGACUGGAGUCACCCUUUGACUCCAGUCGGCUCAUUUUCGACCCGUAUCCGGUUUUCUGACCGGACAUAAAACCGUAGUAUACUACGGUUUUAGGUCCAUUCACAAAACCGCAUACGGGGCAUAAAUGAGCCAACCGGAGUCAAACGGGGACAAUCGGCUGAUUAAAGUCAAUGGAUUUCAGCGCCAGUCUGGCUGGGGUACGGGAGCACACGGUUUUCCCCUCCUUCAGCCGCAGAGCACAUAAAAACUCAGUCGAGCAUAGAAGUCGAGCAUUUAUGGUUUAGUAGGAUUGAGAGAGAUAGCUGCUGGCCAAAUCCUUGUUUAGACCACCAUUUAUCGCAUGUAUGGCAACUUUUAGUCUUAGAAUUCCUGCAUUAGGUUUGGUGCCAUAUGAAUUAUUACUGGCAAAUAGACUAGAUGCCCAUUUUUCCUCAUGUAAAAUUAACAUGUAAAAACAGUAGAGGUCCUCAUGAUUUCUCUAGGUUCUUCUUCUUUGCUUUCUAGCCAUAUAUUUAAGGUUUUAGACUUCUUUUUGUUUACCUGUUCCUGAUCAGAUAAUUCCUUAUGUCAAGUUAGUAAGCUUUUAAUUGAUAAUUAACUAUUUACUUGACAUUUUCCUUUUAUCGUUGAUAUACAUUGACCUGAUGUUGAUAUUAUUCUAGCCAUGUGAUCUGUCAUGAUUAUGUUGUCAUAAUAUUAUUGUGUGAAGCAUACUUGGUCUGAAUGUCUAUAAGAUGUGUAUACAUAUGCUAGCAUAUAAAUCAAGGGGGUUGGCCACUUUCUAGUCAGACUUAAAUCAUAAAUCACCAUAUUGCCUACGUGGCAUAUCAAGGGCUGUGCUAUGCUGCCGAUGGACCAUCUAAGUAAACAGUGAACUCCAGCGUUGUCUCUGUCCAUAGGACUCAAGAUUGCCUCAUUCACAUGAUUUAACCUCAUCUAUCUGCCCUGGCUGAAUAUUUGGCGUAUUCUGUCACAGAACGGCACAAAACUGUGAAGGUCGUCACGUUGGGAUAGCACCAGCUUCCACUAUUUACUAAGCAGAUCCAUGGAAGCAGAAGACCUUGAAAUACAGCACAGGGGUAAACCGUGGGGGUAUUUAUGUCUGGUUGGGUAAGAAGAGAACAGAGUACUUUACAUCACAGGGGAGGGGGGAGGUGCUGCUUCAGCCCAGCACUACUAGUGUGACUCUUCGGCUGCAACAAAAAGUACACUUUUAUAACUUUACAAACCGUGAUUGACAAAACUAAAGGUAUGGUUAAUUUUAUCCCCCUAGCCCUAUCGGCUAAAUAUAAAUUUAGCUGUAGUGACCAGUGUCGGGCAGCUGCUGCCAAGGCAAAUAAAAUCAUGGGGUGCAUCAAUAGGGGCAUAGAUGUCCACGACAAGGAAAUAAUUCUACCGCUGUACAAAUCACUAGUCAGACCACACAUAGAAUACUGUGUACAGUACUGGGCACCAGUGUACAAGAAAGAUAUAGUGGAGAGGGUUCAAAGACGGGCAACCAGGGUAAUACGGGGAAUGGGAGGACUACAGUACCUAGAAAGAUUAUCAGAAUUGGGGUUAUUUAGUUUAGAAAAAGAAGGCUAUGGGGCGACCUAAUAACUAUGUAUAGAUAUAUCAGAGGACAGUACAGAGAUCUCUCCCAUGAUCUAUUUAUUCCCAGGACUCUAUCUUUAACAAGGGGGCAUCAUCUACGUGUAGCAGAAAGAAGGUUUCUACAUGGGCACAGAUGGGGGUUCUUUACUGUAAGAGCAGUGAGACUAUGGAACUCUGUGCCAGAGGAGGUGGUCAUGGUGAACUCUGUAAAAGAGUUCAAAAGGGAUCUGGAUGCAUUUUUGGAGAAUAAUAACAUUGCUGGUUAUGUAUGCUAGAUUUAUAGGGGCAGAACAUUGAUCCAGGGAUUUAUUCUGACUGCCAUAUUUGUAGUCGGGAAGGAAUUUUUACCUCUAGUAUGAGUUUUUUUUGCCUUCCUCUGGAUCAACUCAAUAGGGACUCAUUAGGGUUAUAGGUUGAACUUGAGGAACUCUGGUCUUUUUUUGACCUUAUGAACUAUGUUACUAUUAAAUGGGCACUGUCCUAGACAUGUCACAAGUUUUGAUCGGUUGUGGUCUGAGUGUUCAGACCCCAUACCAAUCAGAAAAAGAAGCCAGAAGAAUUCUGCAUUAAAGGGGUACUCCACUGCCCCAGCGUUCAAAACAGUUAGUUCCGAAAGCUGGGUGCAGGCUCGUGACGUCACGGCUAUGCCCCCUUGUGACAUCAUGCCACGCCCCCUCAUUGUAAGUUUAUGGGAGGGUGUGUAAGCCCCCUCCCAUAGACUUGCAUUAAGGGGGCGUGACCAUGACGUCACGACCCCGCAGCCCACACCCAGCAUUCGGAACUAAAUGUUCCGAAUGCAGGGGCAGUGGAGUAUCCCUUUAAGCGUUCACACUUUGCUCUGUGCCAUGUGACUGAGACAAACCUUCAAUGCAAGUCUAUCAGUUUGUCUUGGUCAUGUGUACUGAGACCAAGACAAACCCAUGCUCACUCUUCUCCCUGCAAGUUCUAGCGAUUGGUCAUGGUCUGAACACUCGGGUACACUUCAGAAAUCUCUUGGGGAAAGAAUAAAAAAAGCUAAACUUUAAAAUCAUUUUACCGCUUUUCCGCCUUAUCAGUACUCAUUGGUGUAAGACUUGGUUACCAUCAAGUAGGUUUGGAGACCAGCCACAUUAGAUUAAUGGCUAAUGUGGAGGUGGGAUACAAAAAACUCUUCUGAUUCAUGAAAGCAAUGCAGCACUCUAAGAGGCCUAUAUUGGAAUAUCUACAUAUGGUAUAGUGGUGUUUUAAAUUGCGUAUAUGCAGCCAGUUAUCAGGCUCUUACUCGAUAAGUCUCAUAAUCUCAGUCUCUUUUUCCACAAACACUUGGGCUACUUUCAUAGGAAGCCAAUGAACCCAUCUGUAUGGUUUGGACCAGUUUCUAUUUGUAUGUUAUUUAUAUUAUUGUCUUUUUAUACACUACAGAGCCGGUCUCUAUAGUGUGCAGUGUUUGUAGGUGUAGCAGAAAUUAAACAUUACAUAAAAAUAGGCCAUGUCCGCACUGUAGCUACUUGGCUGGCAGGACAUUCUGAAACAGAUUGCACAAACGUUGACCAACGUGCCCUAGAACAAUGCAGGCAUUAUAUGGAAUUCACUGUACUUAUUUCUUAAGUUUGAGGUAGCUUUGUGUUCAGUGUUAUGAAUGCUUUAUGUUUGCACAUAUCUACCUAAAUAUAUGUAAAUAUGUAUUCUAAAUGUUUUGUAUUGAUUUAUUUAAUAAAUGCUUAUGAUCACUGAAUCCUUGUGUAAACAAAGUUGUUUAUCCAGAAAGAAUGUUUUUGAGGCGUUAACAUGCUUAUAACUAUGACGGGAAAGCAAUGACCUGCCUGUGAAUAAAGUCCAAGACAGAUUACAGAUGCACUACAAACA